GAGGGCUGAAGGGAGAGUGUGGACAUGCAUAGUUGGCUGUGUGUGUGGGUGUGUGUGGUGUGUGUGUGUGUUGGAGUUUAUGAACAGCACUCAGCACUCCAGAGGUUUUAGGAAGGAUGUCUGAGGGUGACCAUGGCACAGGUCCAAGAAGCUCUUGAGGAGGCUCCAAACAACAGCAGUGGGCCAGUCGAUUGUGAUUUGGGAUCAGACUUGCGAGAAUGGAAGGAGUCAGAUGGUUCAGAUUCACGCUUUGACUCGCGACGUGACUCGCACUCUGACUCACAACGUGACUCAUUCUGUGACACGUGGAACGGCGAUCUGGUGUCAGAGCUGAGCCCCAACGACGAGGGCAGCUCCUCAGUCCUGUUGGGGGCGGAGCACCUUUGCACAGGACAGCAUGUGGUGAAGUGCCUGGAAGCAGUGGAGUGUAAACCGCGAGUAGUGAAGAGCACGUACUGCAGAGAGUGCGUGCAAGAAACACAACACAGCAGCACACUUAACACAGUGUGCAAGGAACUGAACACACAGCACAGAAAAGCUCACAGCGCAGACACAGACAGAUGGCAUUCACACCAAAUACAUACACACGGCACACAUAGUGAUAAACUGUUUACUGAACACGCCAUCACACGCAACACAGAGGAACUUAAAACGCCUGACACAAACACCCACAGCACCAGUUACACAGGAAAUACGCCCAUUGCAGGAAAAAAGUGCACAGAAGCAUGCAGUGAAGCGAUCUCAGAAAACAAGGGCCGAACACAUCCACGCCUCCCUGUGUCUCCCAGCGAAGCAGAUUUCCCAAAUGAAAACUGCACAAGAUUGCCUAACAAAGACAAUACAAACACACACAACACUGAAGAGGAAGACAAAGCCUAUACCUGCACAUACAGAGAAGAGGAGGGGUGGGAAGGCAACAGUGAGAGACUCAGUGAGAGAGACAGCUCUGAAGCCACAACACAAGCAUGUCACAGUGUCAGCAUUUGUCAUUCUGAAAUAAAUAGCCCAGACACACAUAGUACAGAAAUACACACGUAUAUUAACAGUAACACAAAUAUACACUGUGAAGACUUACACAUUGAGAAAAAUUACAUAUCAGGAGUACACACAUCAUGUAACACAGAGGUGAUAACCCAAGAAGAUACCAGUUUACAAAACACAGUCACACAGUUUUCACCAUGUAGAUAUACACAACACAGCCAAAACACAGAGUCACAGGUGGACAUCCCAUUCACACAACGUAUAGGAACGUUUGGCAUCACAGUCACAGACACAGGUAAUGCAAAAAACACAACACACUGCCAGCAAAGCCAUACUCUUAACUCAUGUGUAGAAUGUGACACUCUUACACUAAGGUCACUACCCUGCCAGCUGCGGAGGUCAGAUACACACUACACAAGCACAGUCAGGGCAGUCCACACACACCCACAAAGCACAGCCGAGGCAGAUGAGCACAGCUCCCACAGCAGCACACAUGAAGAGCAACACAGCCAGUGUGGUAUAGACCAGCACAGCUUGCAACACUCAGGGUCAUGUGACCUCUGCAAGUGUGCCACAGCCAAAGCACACCAAUUAGAGGUGAGCAAAGCAUUCUCUAGCAUUUCAGCAGGAGAGAGGAUACACAAGAGUGGGACAGACAGAGGACACACCACACUAUCCCAUACCAGGGAGAGGGGAAGGUGCCCAAACUCAACAAAUCUCCUUCAAGAACCUCCAGGCGUAUACGUGACAGACCAAGGCAUAACAGGAGAUAGCUCUGAGAGGCCGGAAGACGCAGAAAACCCCACAGCACUUGCCUUCAAUGGACAUGACGCCCAGACACACAUUCACAGUGGUUGUAACAGUGGUGCUAGUCUUCAUGACACAGGAUGUGUAUCAGGUGUGCAGUGUCACGUUAAGCCUCCUGUUUGUGUGUUCACAGAAGUAGCAGAUCAGAUCGUGAACUCUCCAGGGGCACCAGAGGAGGCGGUACUCCCCCCUGCAUUAGCUCCCUACCUGUUGUUUGUUCCUGCAGAAGGGACACGGGCUGAACAGAGAGGCUCUUUUGCAUUGCACACUGGAACAGAUUCUGAUUGCUUUAAAGAGCGACAACAAAAGCUGAAACAACAGACCCAGCAGUGGCAGACAGAGCACGAGUUCCUGCUCUGCUCCAAGAUCUGUGAGGAUGGUAUCAGAAACUGUGAAGAUGUUAGCAGAAGCUGUGAGGAUGGUAUCUUUCUGCCCAGUUCCCAACUUUCAGACCUGCAGGUCCAGGUGAAAAACAAGUGUAAGACAUCUUUCAACAAGGGAUGUGAACAGCGCACACCAGGGCACGGCAGAGUGAGGGGACGCUUGUUUGAGGGGAGGAGGUGCAGAAAAGAGGAGGUUAGUGAGGAAAAUCCCUCUCCCUGUAACCUUUCACUGGGGCCCACUUCAGAGGCCAGAGCUGUGGAGUACCUGACGAACCACGACGUCCUCAAAUCCCACAACCCAGAGCUCCAGCUGUCCUCCAGUCUUACCCCAGACAGGGACAAGUCACGUCACUCUCUGCCUGUAGAGGAGGAGGAGGAGCCAGACAGGAGCCAGGAGCCAGUGUGGUUGGAGCAAGAGGAGAUCAGUGUUUAUCUUAAACAGGGACAGAAUGUACAGGGAGCGCUGUGUCCGCUGCAGUCAACCAUACACAUAGCAGGCCUGUCUGACCGGCCCAGUUUAACAGGCAUUAGCACUGAGGAAUGUGUCUUGUCAAAGCCAUAUGGACAUAUUUCUGUUGAAACGCAUGAUUCCAUAUCUACUGAAUGUCAACCCCCACACAUACAGCCUACUGUCGGUGCAGAGAAACAGACGCCAAUUAUUGAUUUGGAACACAAGACAGACGUCAGUCUUCCUCACACAGAUGUCACGGUGACCCUGCAUCCGGGAGCUAGUACAGUUAAAAUUACUGUAGACCCCCACAAUCACUUGCUUGAGCAGGACAAACUGCAGUCAGAUCAGCUUCGGUCUUGUCAACGCCUCCUGGCUUCUAGCACUCCAUACUCAGAGGACACAACACACACCACAAAUGCAGUGUGUGUAGAGAGGUUUGUCUCCUCAGACUGUGAACAGUGGCUGGGGCCUUUUUCUGAUGGUGCAGAGAGUGAUUCGGAGAACAGUGACCAGACAGACUCCUUUUCUCAAGGCAAGUCCAAUCACCAAACCUCUGACAGACACCAGGGGUCAUUUCUACAAGAAUUCCCAUGUCUGCCAUGUCCCCUCGGCUACAAGCCUCAAUGGAGUAGUGAGGACUCUGCCGUGUCUGAGCUGGGGGAAGACUUUGAGAGCAUUCACUGUGAUUUCUACCUGCUACAGGUUGCGAACGAGGAGACGCAUCAACAGAAAGGGUGCCUUGAUGCCCGCAUGUGUUUACAUUCUGAAACCAGUGAGAAGAAUACUGUCAAAGACUUGUGUGAUGUUCAAAAGAGCCAUGUAGACCCGAAACCUUGCGCUGACACACAUCUCCUGCAAUUUUCACACAUCAGAGUCGAAUGCUUUAAACAAUCCACACAUUGCAAAGACAACCAACACACACAUAUACACCCAUCCCUCUGUGGUAUCUGUCUACAAGAGGCUUCCAUAGACUCUUCCUCUUCCCAGCCAAGCCAGCCACUUUGCAAGGUGCUUGAACCAGCAACAGUUCAUCUGGGUGCGAGGGGUCUGCUCCAGCAGGACAAGGUAGAUGAUAUCUAUCACCCUUCCCAGGCAUCCUCUGACUUGGUGAAUAGCCAGAACAGCAUUCCCACGCAGAGUCCAACCCGACAUUCCCAUACAGAAGGAGACCCUGUCCUGCUCUACUCCCAAAGCCUGGAGCCUAUUCCAGAGACAGAGCGCUGCUCAGACAAGAAUCCUCUCCCCAAACAUCCCGUGGAUGAGAUCUCUCUAGGGCAGGAGGAAAUGAAAGAAGUCCAGACCAGAAGUAGACAUAUGAAACCUGCUGAGACAGAGCAGGACAUCCUCAGGAUUUCCUCAGAUACACUGAUAUUGUCUAGACAAAAUCCACCUGUCUUUCAGAGCUGUGCAGGAGAGUUGGACGGGCAGCCCUGCCCUGCAUCCACAGGGCCAAACAGGGCGGUGGUCCUGCUGUCUGACCAAUCCAUCCCGACUGAGGGGUCAGCGACAGCACAUUUGGAGCUGGAUGCAAGCAGCAUCACCAGUGAGGACCCAGUGGGGCAGCCCACGUCUUCCUCCACCAGUGUCAGACCCCACAAAGCCAAGGCCAAGACCUCCAAGUUCUCCGUCUUUAGAAAGAUGCCCUCCUUCAGGCGAGGAAAGAGUCUGGGAGCAGAUGGGAGGGGCAGUAAAAGUGAGAAGUUGCCCAUGGAUUCGCCCGACAGAGGGCUGGACCUACUUUUAUACAGACGUCACCUGAGCCAGGCUCCAGAACUGGGGCCGGGUACAGAGACUCCAGCAGAUGACUCAGAUGAUGAUGACAUUUUCUACAGAAGCGAUGCCCUGAAAAAUCCGGUUCACCAGGUUAUGUGUGGCAGCCGGGUCGACAUGGAAGAGGAAGUGGAGGGGGAUAUCUGUGCUACCUCUGAGACAAGCAUAUGUCAAGAGGGCUGUGUCCAGGGUUUGGGGGAGGCAGAAGUGGCAGAUCUCAAGCAGAGCUCAGGUAGUGGAGGCUCAGGUUACCGCAGGAGCAAAAGCUCCGAAGGCCUGAGUCUCCGGCUACGGUUUGCCCAGGCGCACAAGUCUCUGUCAGGCCUGUUCGAGUCGCGUUCCAUGGACAGGGAUAGCGAGGAGCCAGAGACUCAGCCAGGCCUGGCGGAGGUGCGUGCCAAACCGUCCUGGAGGAAGCAGAAGCGUGCGAAGGAGGCGGAGCUCCUGAGGCGCACACAGUCUGAGCCGGAGAGAGAAAGAGGUGGAGCUAAAGCCACGCGAGUCAUCCACAGUGACUAUGCAUCCCGUACAGCACAGGAAAGGCUGUGCCUGGAGGGGGUGCUGACCUUGCCCCAGACACAGUGCUGCACUGAUCCACUUAGCAAGCGCAGUGUGGGCAGUUCUCCACAGGGCUGCAAGUCAGAGGGGCGCAGGAGGAAAUGCCCCCCAAACGGCUUCUCAGUCGCCCUGUCCGACACCGGUCGACUAUCGUCUGAUGACUCCUCUGAAGCUCUGCCCCCUGGUGACUCCAGUCCCCUCUCACCUAUGAGACCAUUAUCCCUCACUGCGCUGACAAAUCAGAUCCCUCCUACCUCCUCCAAAUCACCAUCAGGCACUAGUGAGAGUGCAAGCACAGAGUCUCCAAUGAGACCCAUGAGUCCCAAACCCAGCAGUCCGAGGUCAGCAGGGGCAAGGCGGAGCUUCCGUUACCCCUCCUCUCGGGCAAAUGCACUCUCUUUGAUCCUUCUGGGACCAGGGGUGAGUGUCACAGAUCCUCCUGAGAGACCCAGGACCCUCAAACCCAAAGUGGGGCGACAGGGCUCACUCAGCCCCCUGGGGUUCGGUUACCCCCCGGAGGACAUCAAUGAAGACAGCUGGUCCCAGGCCAGCCUGGUUACCUCUGUGACUGUCAGUGAGUCUGAGCCCAGAACCGCAGUGAACACCUCCUCCCCUGGCUCCACCCAUCGCUCCACUGAGCCCGCCGCCCUGCUUUGCCCCAGCCUCAUGCCCGCGUUCACCACCAGCGUGCCCAGACGGGACGUCCGACGCGGCAGCCAGUUGCCACGGAGGCGCUGUUGCUCGGACGAUCUGUGGGUGGAGGAGGAGAAGGGGCGGAAAAGGAAGCCGGCAGUGGUGGCGUCCAAGCUGUGCCUGCACCCAACGGAGCAGCCUGAGGAAGUGAGAGUGCGGCUGUCUCACUACACUGUGCAGGUGUUUCCUGGGUCACUGCUCAAAGCUCUCAGCUUCUCCCACAGCACCCCCAUUGGCCUGGACUGUCCUGGCUGGAGACAAUGUAUGCCCCACCCCUCGGUGAUCAUUCCCAAUGGAGCUCCAGAGAAGCUGGGUGUGGGUGAAGAGGCAGGCAGUGAGGAGGAUAUCUACGAGGAGCUGUGCACCUCUGGCCAUCGUUUCACCCACCCCGGAGGAGCAGGGGAGCAACUAGCCAUAAAUGAGCUGAUCAGUGAUGGCAGUAUCGUGUAUGCUGAGGCACUGUGGGACCAUGUUACCAUGGAUGACCAGGAGCUGGGUUUCAAGGCGGGUGAUGUCAUCGAAGUAGUGGAUGCCACCAAUAAGGAGUGGUGGUGGGGGCGAGUGUUGGACAGCGAGGGCUGGUUUCCUGCAAGCUUCGUUAGGUUGCGUGUGAACCAGGAUGAACCAAUGGAGGAGUACUUGUCCCAGCUGGAAGAGGUGCAGAAGGAGCACAGCCGGGGCAUGGGGCUCCUCCUGGGACCUGGCCUGCCCUGCAAAGAGCAGAUGAGAACCAACGUCAUCAACGAGAUCAUGAGCACGGAGAGAGACUACAUCAAACACCUGAAGGACAUCUGUGAGGGUUACAUCAAACAGUGCCGGAAGCGCAUGGACAUGUUUACAGAGGAACAGCUGUGCACCAUCUUUGGAAACAUUGAAGACAUAUACAGCUUCCAGAAGAAGUUCCUGAAAUGUCUGGAGAAGAGGUUCAACAAGGAUGAGCCCCAUCUCAGCGAGAUAGGCUCCUGCUUCUUAGAACAUCAAACAGAUUUCCAGAUCUACUCAGAAUACUGCAACAAUCACCCAAAUGCCUGUGUACAGCUCUCCAAACUUAUAAAGCUCAACAAGUAUGUGUUCUUCUUUGAGGCCUGUCGUCUUCUCCAGAAGAUGAUUGACAUUUCUCUGGAUGGCUUCCUCCUUACUCCUGUCCAGAAGAUCUGCAAGUACCCGCUGCAGCUGGCUGAGUUACUUAAAUACACCAACCCACAACACAGAGACUACAAAGAUGUGGAAGCAGCAUUAAAUGGGAUGAAGAACGUGGCCCGUCUGAUUAAUGAGAGGAAAAGGCGAUUAGAGAAUGUGGAUAAGAUCGCUCAAUGGCAGAGCUCUAUAGAGGACUGGGAGGGUGAGGACAUCCUCAGUAGAAGUUCAGAUCUGAUCUUCUCUGGAGAGCUGACAAAGGUCACACCACCUCAAGCCAAAAGCCAGCAGCGGAUGUUCUUUCUGUUCAAUCAUCAGAUGGUCUACUGUAAAAAGGAUCUGUUGCGGAGAGACAUACUGUACUACAAGGGCAGGGUGGACAUGGAUCAGAUGGAGGUGCUGGAUAUGGAGGAUGGUAAGGACAAGGAGCUGAACGUGAGUGUGAAGAAUGGCAUGCGGCUGCAGUCUCUCAGUGGUGGUGAGGUGCACCUGCUGUGUGCCAAAAAGCCGGAGCAGAAACAGCGUUGGCUCCGAGCCUUUGCUGACGAGCGGGAGCAGGUGCAGCAUGACCAAGAAACAGGUUUUUCCAUCACUGAAGGCCAGAAGAAGCAAGCCAUGCUGAACGCAUGCAAAAGCCAUCCAGCUGGGAAGCCCAAAGCAGCAGUGACCAGGCCCUACUAUGACUUCCUGCUGCGUCAGAAGCACCCAACACUGCCCACCUCACUGCCCCAGCAGCAGGUCUUUAUGCUGGCUGAACCGAAACACAAGCGCUCCACCUUCUGGCACAACAUCGGCAGACUGACACCCUUCAAGAAGUGAACACAGAAGGGGGGGGCUCUCUGCUUGUGCCUAAAGUUACCCUUGUGUUCUCAUUUGAUAAUGCUUUUGUCCUGCCCCCCACCCGACUUCGAUGUUGUACUUACAAAACAUACAGAUUUAUUAUAAUUAUAAAAAGAGUGUUUAUGUUUUUUUGUUUUUUUUUUAGAAAGCACUUUAUAAGUAGUUACAGUCAGACUAGGUCACUGGCUCUUGGGACUAUUAUGGGAUGACUUUCUAGAAGACUAUAGUGCUGUUUCUUCUGCUUGGAUCCCACAGCAUCAGUACAAACUGUUAAAAACUCAGUGGUCUUUGAAGUUGUCUUCAUCUCUUCAUGUCAACUGUCAACAGAUGCCAGCUGUACACAGUGCUAGAUGAGUUUGGUUUUGUAUAUAUUUAUUUCUUUGUCAACUAUAAAAAAGCAUUAUUGCAGCAGCUUAGAAUUGGGUUAAUUCCUGUUGGACUGCUGAUGAGUUUUUAACCAUUGUACAUUAGUUGGUAAAAUAAUUUGGGGAGUAAGAUUUCAAACUGUUAAAAUGAAAGGUUUGUGGAGCCCGAUGUUGUUUCAAGCUACUUUAACCACAUUUUGUUAAUAUGUAUAUAAUCCAUGAGGUUCCUUCUCAGUGGAUCUUACCUGCUUUCACUUUGCUUUUUGUUCUUCACACCUUAUCCCCUAUGUCCUGUACACACAAGGAAGGAAUUAACUUCUUUUUGGAAGUGCCAUCUGAUGUGUGUGUUGGAGUUAUUUCACUCUAGCCUAUCAAGUCACUGACUUUUCAACACAAAGCAUUCAGCCUAGAAACCAGUUUCCUUCAGAUUACAACUGCUGCAGAUGUUGCAGAUCUUAACUAAAUGAACAGACUUUGUAUAUAGUUGUUUGUGUUUUAGUCUUUUAAAUUUAUUUUGCAUAGCACCUAAAAGUGUGCAAAUCAACUGUUUUGUCAGUACACUUACAUUUUGGAUUUUCACACUUCAUACUUUCUUUAUGAAGCUAAAAUUAAAAUAUAUUUUAAUUGUCUAGAUGUUCCCACUGAUAUAAAAUUCAUUUCCACCACAAUUGUUUUUUAGUCUUCAGACAAUGGAAUAGACAGGGCUAUUGUUAAAACAUCAAAUAUCAAAAGUUGUAACGGGAUGUUCUGUUACUUAACCACAGAUUCUUAAAGCAUCGCUUAGUAUUAUUGCUGAGACAGGAACAGUUUACACAGAAAUUACUGUAAUAUACAUCAUUCCAGCAACAUACUCAUAAAAUAUGAUGUCUUUGACUUACACACACAAGCACAGUCCCAAAAACAAUAUUAAAUAGAACAUGGCUCAGAUGCGUGAAAGUGAUAUAUAUUUUGUCAUCAUAAUAAAAUAACUAUUAUACCUAAUACCUGUCUAUUCCAUUGUUACUGUAAGAAGGAAUGGGUCUGUUGAGUAAAAUGUGUGCUUGAAGCAUAUUUAUAUACUAUACAUACUUCUACAUUUGAAUUGUUCAUCAUACAGCUAUAAAACAAGAAAUGCAUUUGUGUCUUGCUUCAUAUAUUGGUCUGUUUGAGAAGCACAUAUAACUAGUGCAAUUGAGGACAUUAUUUAUACCACAGACUAGCCAUUUAUGCACUGUGUUACUAAAUUUGGAAAGCAUAUCAAUAUCACACUCAUCAAAUAUAAAUCAUGUCAGGAAAAAGUCUUUGUACUGUCAUUAUCAGUGAAUUCAGUUGUGAGACACACAUCUAACCUUGAAAGCUAUUAACUUCUGCUACCUGCUGGAUAACUGAUAGUGCGCUUGAGACCUUUCAUCCUAUUUAAUCUUUAUAGUAUAGGUGUCGGUGUAAGAAAAGAAAAAAUAAUUAAUUUAGACACUGCUCUGAUCAGUAAGGUUUAAUGCUAUGCGAGAUGAUAUGUCACAAUAUAUACUGUUUUUAAAGUAUUAUUUACCUUUCAGUUAAGUUCAAUACCGAUCAAUGCCUAAUGAUGGUGAUUGUUUACUUCUACUUCUUAAACUAUUGUGCCUACCAUGUAAAUAUGGUGACCUAGAAUUACCUAGAAAAUAAAACAAUGACUAUAGAAUAAUUACCAAUAAGCUUGCCUACUCCAGCCCUCCAUAGUCUCUGUCAUAAAUGGUGUUUGGCUGUAAAAAGUAAUGUCUCAAGACAUUGUACAUAAUAGUUGUAUGUGUAUCUUGGUUGUUUACUUAUGAGAAAAUAAAUAAAUCACUCAGAAAUUAA